AUGGAACCCAAUAACGUAAAUUGGUACUCAACAAGUAAGUCCGCCAAACAACAGAGCGUUUAGGAAUUAACUUAUUUUCAGAUAGUAUAAAGCGCUAUCAAAACACAAUAGUCAGUGAUCGACACACAACAAGCAAUGAUCCUGCUGGACAUGUUGAGCAUGCUGAGCGUGUGAAGCAGUUUUCAGAUGAAGGGCGGAUCCCAUUAGGGAAUUUUGAUGAUCCGGAAAACGUCGAAGCGCGAGAAGAGCUCCUCCGAACAGUACCAGAAGAAGUGUUGAAUGAAUGGGAUGCAUUUAAAAAGGAUAUGCGAGAAAAGAGCUCAGUGACCAAAGUUGGCAUAUCUCACCGUACAGAAAACGGAACAAUUAAAGUAUUACAGCGACUGAUGGGCAUUCCUACGGAAGAAGUCGAUGCGAAGUUCCGAACGUUUCCGGAGAAGAAAAAGCACGAAUGGGAUGCGGAGGCGACUGGAAUCAGUGGAGAUUCGCAAACGUGGCGCGAGAAUUACAGUGAGUUCACUGAAAGAAACGGGCAACAUCUCGAAAUUUAUUUCAGGAAGCCGGUUCGUGCUGAACCGAAAAGUAAAACCCUUGGCGACGACAUCAUCUGCGCCUUCGCCGCAUUCCGAUUCGCAAAAUAACGAUGCGAUAUUUGUAGAUGGUAAAUUAAUAAUUUCCAUCAACCAAAUAAAAUUUCACUAUUCUCAGCAAGCAACUCAUCCUCAAAAACCAAUUUCACUCGAUGGAUUGCAUCGAUCGAUUCGGAGCCUGCGCCCGACCAAUCCGCCAAAUCGCCCAAACGGCCACAAAUAACAGUUCCCGAGCCAACACCAGUAAGAAUUCAGUGUUCAUAUAUUUAAACUUCUUCAUUUCUAGACGACAUCGAAAAGUGAAAAGAGUCCUUCUACUUUUAAGGAAUCUUCGUUGUCGCAGACGGCGCCAAUUCCUCCGGUUCGGGAGUGCAUUCUCUACAAGUACGGUCAUUGUUUAGAUCCGAAAGUGUGCAAGUACAGCCAUAAUGGAGAAAUAACAAAGGUUCCGGGGUAAGAUUUCUGUUAUUCACGAGCUUGUUAAUUUAUUCUGAUUCAGAAAAACGAUCACUCCGGUUUUCUGGCAGCGAAAGCUCCCGAGCACGCCCAUUUGUCCUGUGAGUUCCUCGGCGUUCCAUCAUCUAACCAAAGUAUCUUUUCAGGGAUACGCCAACCUCUCAUGCUGGGAUACCAACUGCAGCUACCGGCACAUUGCCUAUCCGUCCGAUAAGUUCUAA